AUGCCGGCCAAAUCACGGUUCACGAGGCUCGACGCCUUCGCCAAAACAGUCGACGAAGCACGCAUCCGCACGACGUCCGGAGGAAUCAUCACAAUCGCCUCGCUGCUUAUCAUAAUAUGGCUUACGUGGGGAGAAUGGUUGGACUACAGGCGGGUGGCAGUGAUGCCCGAGCUGGUCGUCGAUAAGUCCAGAGGAGAGAAGAUGGAAAUCCACCUGAACAUCACAUUCCCGCGUCUUCCCUGUGAGCUCACGACGCUGGAUGUUAUGGACGUCUCGGGCGAGCAGCAAGUUGGUGUCGCGCACGGCGUGAACAAGGUCCGCCUUGCGCCUGCUGCGGAGGGCGGCCGUGUCCUUGACGUCCAGGCCCUGCAACUCCACGCCGAAGAAGCCAAACACCUCGACCCGGACUACUGCGGCGAAUGCGGCGGCGCGCCCGCACCCCCCAACGCCAUCAAACCCGGAUGCUGCAGCACCUGUGACGAGGUCCGCGAAGCGUACGCCCAGAAGCAAUGGGGCUUCGGCAAGGGAACCAACAUUGAGCAGUGCGAGCGCGAGCACUACGCCGAGCGAAUUGACGCGCAGCGCCGCGAGGGAUGCCGCCUGGAGGGUGUGAUUCGCGUCAACAAGGUCGUCGGCAACUUCCACGUCGCGCCAGGCCGAUCCUUCUCCGCGAACAACAUGCACAUCCAUGACAUCGCAAACUACGAGGAGCGCGGUCUUCCCGCCGACCAGCAGCACACCAUGUCGCACAUCAUCCACAGCCUGCGCUUUGGCCCUCAACUCCCAGACGAGCUGAGCGACCGCUGGCAAUGGACGGACCACCACCACACCAACCCGCUCGACAGCACUUCUCAGGAAGCCCCCGAGCCCGCCUACAGCUUCAUGUACUUCAUCAAGGUCGUCUCCACAUCAUAUCUCCCUCUCGGCUGGGACCCAUUGUACUCGAGCUCUCUCCACGCCGCGGCAGACACAACGACACCCCUGGGCGCCCAAGGCCUGAGCGCAGGCUCCCAAGGCUCCAUCGAAACGCACCAAUACAGCGUAACCUCCCACAAGCGCUCGCUACGGGGCGGCGACGCCUCCGAUGAAGCACACAAGGAGCGCAUCCACGCUGCCGGCGGUAUCCCCGGCGUGUUUUUCAACUACGACAUCUCCCCGAUGAAGGUUAUCAACCGCGAAGCCCGGCCAAAGACCUUCACCGGCUUUUUGACGGGGGUCUGCGCGAUUGUUGGUGGAACGCUGACCGUUGCGGCCGCGGUGGACCGAACGCUCUACGAGGGCGUUAGCCGGGUGCGCAAGUUGCAUUCGAAUUAA